AUACAAAAAACGCCAGCAGCAGCUCUAGCGGAGAUUUUCCCGUUUUUCUUCCUUCGUUCUCGCCGUCACUGUCGUCGUGGUUGAAAGAUGUCUUCUUAGAAAUCUUUUCAAGGAUAAUCGCAAAAAAAACAUUUGUCCAUAGUGAUAGACGUUUAAUAUUCACAGUACAAGACAUUGAGUUCCGUACAUCAUCAGUUACGGUGUUUGUCGUCGGGGAUCAAGUAUACCACGAAUACAGUCAGCUGCUGAAAGGAUUUCACGCAAAGGAUUAAAAUAGCGCUAUGUUACUCGGUGUGAAUCUGCGUGGUGACGAAGGAUACUUUUCAUAAGCUGAGUUUCAAUUUGUGCAAAAACAGUGCGAGAGUGUGGACUGCGCGAAGGAGUAGAAACAAUCGGAAACGAUAAGACUGAAUCGCAAAACCGAAAAGCUGCUACUCAUCUUUCUAGUACCACAGUCCGGAGCAAGUGGAGAGUGGAAGAACUGCUAGAAUACCGUAAAUACUUACCAUACCCGCGGAAGCUACGACAGCAACAGCCUUCAAAAUUGACAGAUUACAAAUGCCCAGAGGUAAACGUCGGGCCACAACCGCACCGGAGAUGGGAUCCAGUGAAGAGGACCGGCAAUCAUCCAAGAGACAUCGGAAUGCUUUCAUAAGCAACUUAAGCUCACGACGGUGCAGCAAAGUGGACGACGCUUUCAGCCAGAAAAGAUGUCUGAAUUGGUUUCGCGAGUACACAACACCAAACGACCCGGAUACAUUGGCCCCUGAGGGAAUGGAAAGGUUUUGCGAGGACAUUAGCGUAGAACCGGAGAAUGUCGUUAUGCUUGUGCUGGCGUACAAAAUGGGUGCCCGCCAGAUGGGUUUCUUCACACAGAGCGAAUGGCUUAAAGGCCUGACGGAUCUGCAGUGUGACACAUCCGAAAAGGUGACGAACAAACUUGACCACCUGCGUAAUCUUCUAAACGAUCACAACACUUUCAAGCUAAUCUACAGAUAUGCGUACGACUUUGCGCGAGAUAAAGAUCAGCGCAGUAUGGACGUUGAAACAGCGAAGGGAAUGCUGCAGCUGUUGCUCGGAAAGCACUGGCCCCUGUAUCCCCAAUUUGCCCUGUUUCUGGAGCAGUCCAAGUACAAAGUGAUCAACAAAGAUCAGUGGUGUAAUAUUCUCGAGUUUUCCCGUACCAUCUCCAACGAUCUAACCAACUACGACGUCGACGGCGCCUGGCCGGUCAUGCUGGACGAAUUCGUCGAGUGGUUAAGACAUUUGCGGACACAAACGACGAUCAGCUGAGGACUGUAUUAUUAAAACCUGAUCGGUCACAAAUCAACACAAAGCAAAAGACUCACAAAAACACAGCAGCACACAAAACAAGCAAACAAACAUGUAAACACACACACCCUACACUUACACGUACGAACGCAAAAGCAGCUUCUUUUCAGUCUGCAUCAAGUCGGACCUCAACUCACAAACAAACAAAACAAAUCAACCAAUAACCGAUAGGAAUGGAAACAAUUUCUCAGUCCUUGAUGACAUUAUGAAGAAGAAGCUCCAUAUGCCAAGUCUCCUAGUUUAAUUAUGUUUCCGACGUCAUUCGACUCCGUCGUAUUGUAAUGCUAACAAUAAUAAUCGAACAAUACCGGUGUCCGGAGGUGCGGAUGAAAUUCUCUACGUGUUCUUUGUAAUCCGCGCAGGACUUUCAGUUCCGCUAUAUGUUCGGUCGUGAGACACUGAUAGCUCAUUGGUUUAUGCUUUAAUGAUUAUUUGUCUCGAGGUAGACGACAUUCGUUCUUUUUUUUUAUUUUUUAAGAUACAGCAGUUUACGAUAAGCGAACCAAAUAAGAAACGACAAAUAGUAGUGACAGAUUCCGCAAGGGACAAGCAAGCGCGCAAGUCGUCGUCAAACACACAAGCUUCCAGAGCAAAGGGGUUUUGAUUUAAGCAGCAGCAAACAGGUCUACUAACCAGUGAGUCAAACGACAACAUUACACAAUAACAUUUUCGGCAAACAGUAAAAAUAUCUAUCACAAAAUUAAUGCAAAAGGAAAACACUAUUAAUCAUUUAGGACCCCUGUUAAGGCUAAAACACAGACACAAAAAACUGUAUGUUAUAAUCAACCGAAAAAAAACAUAUAAUUCAUUACAUCAAAAAGAAGCACACGAAAUAAACUUGGAGUAGGUGGACCGAAAAGCGAUAUACGAUAUUAAAAAUAGUGGUAUCAGACAUCAUACUGGGCAUUGAAAGUUGAGGAAGCGUUUUUUAAACAAACUAUGGAAUGGAUGGAACCCCAAUGUAUUUUAGAAGUAGGCAGCACAUCGGAUGACGAUGAUGAUGAUGAUGAUAAGAUGCAGUAAUCGGGCGGCUACCCAAAGCUGAAUGGAAUGAUCAAUAAUAAUAAAAGAAAAAUGUCGAUCCAAUCUU